AUGGGCGGCCCCGUCGCCGCCCCUGGAAACCCCAUCACCACCCUUCGCGGCCACCUCGCCGCCCUUAGCGGCCCCAUCGCCAACCCUAACGGCCCCGUCGCCGACCCUAGCGGCCCCGUCGCCGCCCCUAGCGGCCCCAUCGCCGCUCUUCAGAGCCCCGUCGCCGCCCCUAACGGCCCCGUCGCCGCUCUUCACGGCCCCAUCGCCGCCUCUACCGGCCCCUUCACCGCUGAGCUGCCCAGCAGCUGA